AAGGACCGAGCGCAUCUGCUACGCACAUACAAAGACCUGAGACUCCUGCUUCGGUAUUGUUUAGUGAAAUUAUUUUUUAGUUUGCGGACAGUUAUUUUUAUGGAAAUAUCCUCUUGAACAACUCCGUGUUGUCGCUAUUUAUUGAACACAUUUUUUUUUUGUAAAGUCAAUUAUUUGAUUUCUAUUCGUCCCUGUUGCUAGGCAAUGCUAAUAUUAGCCUGCUAACGUCAACUUGUUCACAACUUAAAACCAACAAACGCCAACGGGUGCCUUUGCGACAAGUAGGGUUUCUAGGGUUUGAAGCCCGGCAUAAUGGCUUUACCGGAGGCAGAGAGUGGAUGUUCCGCUGGUGAAAGCGGGGAAUCCAUCGUUAAUACGUGUGUGUUGGGGGGCUUCAGUGAGAGCAGUGAGACCAGAGAUCUGCUCUCCAGCCUGCUGGAGGUCCACGAUGAGAUCGUGGCAGUCGAGUUCGCUACACAGCGGUUCUUAGUGAUAAUGAACAGGUAUCAAGAGCAGCCCCACCUGCUGGACCCACACUUAGAAUGGAUGCUGAACAUGAUACUGGAGAUUGUGAGGUGUGAAAACUCUGCCCCUUCACUGGUUCAUUUGUCCUUCAAGUUUCUCUACAUCAUGUGUAAGGUCAGAGGCUACAAAAUCUUCAUGCAGCUUCUCCCCCAUGAGGUGGCAGAUGUCCAGCCAGUUCUGGACCUGUUGUCCAAGCAGGAUCCCAAAGACUCUGAGACGUGGGAAACCCGCUACAUGUUGUUGUUGUGGCUGUCCAUGACCUGCCUUAUACCCUUUGACCUUUAUCGUCUGGAUGGUCAUCUGGAGUCGGAGGGUGGCACAGUCAGAGAGCCCACCAUGGACCGCAUUCUCGCUAUCGCAAAGUCAUAUCUUCUCGUCAGUGACACUCCUAGGGACGCUGCAUCUGUACUGGUAUCAAAGUUCAUGACGCGCCCUGAUGUGAAACAGAAGUGCCUCGGAGACUUUUUGGACUGGAGUCUGACGACCAUAUCCCAGACCAACGAUCAGUCGAUGAAAGACAUCAUGGUGCUGGAUGGAGCCCUGCAGUCUCUGGCAACGCUUUUCAAGCAUGGAAAAAGAGAUGACCUGCUAGAAUAUGCUCCUGCAAUUAUGAAAUGUCUGGAGCAGAAACAGCUUUCCGAGAGCAGCCAGGCUAUGCUGAGGAAGCUGGGUGUCAAACUAAUCCAGAGACUUGGCCUCACCUUCCUGAAGCCCCGUUUGGCCGCUUGGAGGUACCAGAGAGGCAGCCGCUCACUCGCAGCAAACCUCUCCAUGUCCCAGUCGAGCUCAGUCGCUACCGCUGCGACUCCCGGCGCGGAGGAUACGGAGGAGGACUACGACAUUCCUGAGGAGGUGGAGACCGUCAUCGAGCAUCUGCUGCUGGGGCUGAAGGAUAAGGAAACGAUCGUGCGCUGGUCUGCAGCAAAGGGCAUUGGGCGGGUGACUGGGAGGCUUCCUAAGGAGCUGGCAGAUGAGGUGGUUGCAUCAGUGCUGGACUGCUUCAGCUUCCAGGAAACGGACAACGCCUGGCACGGAGGCUGCCUGGCCCUGGCGGAGCUUGGGAGGAGAGGCCUGCUGCUGCCGUCCAGGUUGGCGGAUGUUGUGCCGCUUAUUGUCAAGUCGCUGAGCUACGACGAGAAGAGGGGGGCGUGCAGCGUUGGAUCCAACGUGCGCGACGCCGCCUGCUACGUGUGCUGGUCCUUCGCCAGGGCCUACGAACCCAAAGAGCUGGAGCCUUUUGUCACUCAGAUUGCCAGUUCUCUGGUGAUCACAGCCGUGUUCGACCGAAAUGUCAACUGCCGCAGAGCGGCCUCCGCUGCCUUCCAGGAGAAUGUCGGCAGACAGGGGACAUUCCCUCAUGGUAUAGACAUCUUGACAGCAGCAGACUACUAUGCUGUAGGGAAUCUCAACAACUGCUAUCUGAACACCAGUGUCUACAUUGCAAGUUUCCCGGAGUACACCAAGGCAAUGAUAGAUCAUUUAAUAGAAAAGAAGAUCAACCACUGGGAUGGGGUGAUCCGAGAGCUCUCCACUAAAGCGCUCCACAACCUGACGCCUCAAGCACCUGAUUACAUGGCAACAACAGUUUUGCCACAGCUGUUGCCCGUGGCGGUGGGUUUUGACCUGCAUGGUCGCCAUGGAGCCAUCCUAGCGUGUGCGGAGAUCACACACGCGCUGUACAAACUGGGCCUUCAGACCAACAGGGCUGUGGGGGACAUCAUUUCUUCAGAAUGUGUGGACGCAUUAAAGAACAUCCAUCAGACGCUUAGUGACAAAAAACAGUACAGGGGUUACGGUGGAGAGUUAAUGAGGCCAGCAAUGUGCGGUCUCAUCGAAAAGCUGUCGCUGUCCAAAAUGCCCUUUAAGAAGGACCCUGUGAUCUCUGGCUGGCAGUGGCUUAUUGACGACACCAUAAAGAGUGGUGUAAAGGAUGGCAAUAUGGAUGCCGUGGUGUCAGCCCUGUCCGCUCUGUGUGAGGAGUUCUACCAGGCCGAGCCCGGCAAGCCGGACCCACACAUGCAGGAUGUCCUGGUAUCUCAGUACAUCGAAGGGCUGAAUAGUCACCAGAUGUUCACCCGGUGUGGAUCUGCACUUGCCCUCGGCUGUCUGCCAGGAUUUAUGAUCAAUAGUAAGCUGAAGCAGAUCCUUGAAGGCCUUACCCAGAUGUGCACUGUCAGCCAGAAGGAGGGAACUUUCACAGAAUCGAGGAGGGAUGCAAUCAGAGCAAUUGCUCAGGUGAGCGUGAAGGUGCCCGUGUGUGCCCACGGCUCCCCGGACUCUGCUCUGUGCUCGGAGAACAUAGCAGAUCUAUACGGCUCUCUUCUCAAUCGCAUGAAUGACUACACGACAGACAGCAGAGGGGACGUCGGCGCUUGGGUGCGAGAGGCCGCCAUGACGAGUCUGAUGGAGGUGACUCUGCUGGUGGCCAGCAGUGCUCCAGAGAUCCUUCCGCCAGAUCUGGUGAAGUGUAUGAUGUGCUGCCUUGCUCAGCAGGCAGCCGAGAAGAUCGACCGCUACAGAGCGCACGCCGGCAACGUCUUCCUGCGCCUCCUCCACAGCACCGAGCCGCCAGUACCUCACAUCCCCCAGCAGCAGGAGCUGCUGAGCAUUUUCCCUGCUGAAACCGCCACCAGUCUGAACUGGAAUGCUCCAUCCCAAGCUUUCAAGUAUAUCGCCCAGCUGCUCACACUGCCCCAGUAUCAGUACCACACCCUGCUGGGCCUCACUGUGUCCGUGGGAGGGAUCACUGAGUCCACAGUGCACUUUUCUUCGCUGUCGUUGUUCGACCAUCUGAGAAGGAUUCAGGACGACCGUGCUACUCUGACACAGUUUGGAGACACGCUGCUGAGGGUCUUCAGAGACAAUCUGCGCAACGACAGGGUGUCUAUUGCUUUUCUUAAGAUGCUAAAUCAGAUGCUUGCUAACAGCUGCUUUGAAAUCUUCACCACCCAAGAGAAUCAUCCGUUCUGUUUGGACCUUUUGGCUCUUUGCAAAGAGUUUAGGAAGGCCAAAGAUAUUUCCAAGCUGCGCUCCUGUAUAUCUGUCUUUUGUGGGCUGAUCCAGUUCCAGGGGGAUGUGAGGAAGAAAGUAUUGUCCCAGCUGCUGAUGCUACUGUGCCAUUCCUUCCCUGUGAUCAGAAAGACCACGGCCGGCCAGAUGUACGAGAUGCUCCUGACCUACGAUGAUGUCAUAGAUCCGGAAGUGUUGGACGACGUCAUGACGCUGCUAAGCGAUACUAAUUGGGAGAGUGACCUUGCCACAGUAAGGACCCAGAGGAAUCAGCUCUGUGACUGGUUGGGAGUCCCCAGGCCACAGGCAGUUACCAAGAGCCCUCACCAGGUUUCCUGAUCAUCUGCGGCCUUCAGCAGCAAGUCAUGUAUUUGGACAACGUGAUGUGAGAAUAAAGGAUGAUGAGCUCCUCACAAGCUGACUUCUGUCAUUUGGUUUGUGCAUCAGCCAAAAAAACAACACAUUGAAUCCAUCACAAAGUCAGUUUACAUAACACAGAUGUGAUGAAAACGUCGGCUAUUGUUGCUCAAAGUUCUUGCAUGUGCCCGUCAGAAUAUUUCGACAGAUGUGAAACUCUGGUGUCUGAACUAAUAAUAUACAGAACACUGUCAUUCCUUUGUACUCAUCCCUUUGUUGACAAUGUUUUGGUCUCUUCGAGUCUAAGCAUUAAUAUUAAAGUGAGUGGCAAUAA